AAUGGCUUCUACGUCGCCUCCAAUUUCCAAACCUGCCACGCACGUGAAUAAAACGUACGCUUCAAGAAGACAAGAAACCCAUAACGGCACCGUAAAUGAAAACUGGAACUCUGCAACUGCAACUUCAACUUCACCUCUCCAUUGCAACACUCGCCAUGUUCCUUCUCAAGACAUGGAGGCAAACGGCUUUUGGUGUUUAUGGUUACCUCAAUUUCACCAAACCUGGUUUUCUUGAACAUUCUAAGAAAUUCAAACCAGAGGAAAUGGAAACACAAAUACCCGGGAGGAAUUGCAUUGUUACAGGAGCUAACUCAGGAAUUGGCUAUGCUACAGCUGAGGGUCUUGCACAGCGUGGUGCUACUGUCUAUCUUGUUUGCCGUAAUAAAGAGAGAGGGGAGGCUGCUCUUUCUGAAAUUCAAACUAAAACCGGCAAUCGAAACGUACAUUUGGAGAUUUGUGACCUAUCAUCUGUCACGGAGAUAAAGUCAUUCGCUUCCAGGUUUUCUGAGAAGAAUUUGCCAUUACAUGUGUUGGUGAACAAUGCUGGCUUGAUUGAGCAAAAUCGAGUUACCACAACAGAAGGGUUUGAGUUGAACUUUGCUGUAAAUGUUCUAGGAACUUACACUAUGACAGAACUGAUGGUACCAUUACUGGAGAAAGCCUCACCUGAUGCACGUGUCAUUACCGUUUCUUCUGGUGGAAUGUAUACUUCUCCCUUGACCAAAGAUCUUCAGUAUUCCGAGAGCAACUAUAAUGGGGUUGAACAGUAUGCUCGAAACAAGCGUGUUCAGGUUGCACUGACAGAAAAGUGGGCUGAGACAUACGAGAACAAAGGGGUAGGAUUUUACUCAAUGCAUCCAGGUUGGGCUGAAACUCCUGGGGUGGCUAAGAGUUUGCCAAGCUUCUCUAAAUCGCUUUCAGGGAAGCUUAGAACAAGCGAGGAAGGUGCAGAUACAGUUAUCUGGUUGGCAUUACAACCAAAAGAGAAACUGGUAUCAGGUGCAUUCUAUUUUGAUAGAGCAGAAGCUCCGAAGCACCUUGCAUUUGCUGCUACCAGUGGUUCUCAUGCUUUGAUCAACUCUGUAGUUGAUAGUCUUCAUUCCAUGGUUUCUCGUUUUGUCUAAUAGGUGUAUUAUUUGUACCCUGAAUUUCAACCUCAAAGUUGUAAUUAAUCUCAACCUUGUUGCUGAGCAAUAUAGCAUUUUUAGAAUUAGUUCAAUCGCCUGCUUUUCCAACUAAA